UGGUAAUCUUCGUAUGCAUAUAUUUCUAUGUAUGCAUGCAUAUGUAUCAUAGUUAGAUUCAUAAAAACUUGUAUGAUAAAUACUGAAUUUCAUUCCAAGAACUUUCGAAAAGGGGUAUAUUCGUAUGAAAUCAAACGUAUUAUUAAAAAUGAUUUAAAAACGGGUAUUGUUAUUGAAAAUCCACGUAAGCUGUGACUCAAUUCGUUCACAACAUUAAAAGAACACCAGUACUACGAUAAGUUUAGAUUUUUAAAUCGGAUUGUGAUUAAAAUGAAUCUACGGAAAGCGUUUAAUAUAUUUUCGUAUUCUAAGACGGUUUACUUGAUCCUGUUUAUAUCGUUCAGUAAUGCUGAAUUAGAUGCAAAAUACUCCGAUGGUACUUCUACUGAUAGCAGAAAAAAGUAUUCAUUGACAGCAAUUUGCGUAGAAAUAAAGCCCAGUAGUCCACACGAAGAACCAUACCUAAUGUGUAAGAGAACAAAAUUUCCUUAUUUUCAAAAUACCAUAUAUGGAUUUAGGGUAGAUGAUAAAGCAGUUUCUGGCUCUAAUACAAAUCUCGAACCCGAUGUACAAAUACAGCCCUUCCAGUACUUUCAUAAUUACCAUUACGACAAGAAGCACGAUAUCGAUCGGCCUGGGUUGGAAAGUCAAAUUCAAAACAAGUCUUUGGUUCUAUUUAAACAAAAUAAACAAAUACAUGUUAGGCAUCUACAAAGUAGCCAAACGAAGUCAGAUAUUUCUGAUUCGGCGCCAAAGACCCCUUAUGAUCUCCAGCUCUUGACAACGACGCCAUCGCUAUACAGAAGGCUUCCACACAACAAUGCGAAUAAAAAUCCAUCCAGUUAUCCGAACUCAAACAAUAAGUACAUAGAAAAUAACAAUUCGAAACAAUCUCUAGAUAGUAGAAUUACACAAAAAGAAGGAUCUAUAAGACCAGAUCAACUGUUUCAACAAUCAACGAUUUCUUCGUUUGAAGGACCAAAAAGUAACUAUGUCAAUUUCUUCGACUACCGAGAUUCUAAUAUUAAGCAGAAUGUGGGUCCUGUGGAAGCACAUUCAAGUCCUUACAUUAAAACGACCGUGCCUAAAUAUUUCCUGGAAGUAUUACCAUCCAAUGACGACACGAAGGAGAAAAGUAGGCAAAGAGGUAUAUCCGAUGAUUGUUAUAGACAAGCUGUUAAUGAAAAUUCACGUAGAUUGUCCGAUUUGGGUCUGACUUUGCAAGAGCUCAAUUAUAUUCAGCCAUCGCCGGAAUUUAAUGGUAUGAAGCAAUUCCAUAUGGAGCCUCACAAAUUACCAUAUGCGGAUGAUCCGGUCACGCAAAAAUUUUAUAAUUCACUGUAUUACCCUCCCUUGAUGACAACUAAACAUCGUCAUGCAUUUCUUGAAAACCCUAUUUGCGCUCCAUUGUCCAACCAUAUGAAUAAUAUCGAACCCCAGUAUUCAACAGAGCUGCAUUCAACUUGCAUACCAAAAACUCUUACACCAAUGCAAGGGGCAACAAAGAGUGGGCCUAAUCAACUUCGAAAUGAAGAAAUAUCUGAGCCAAUAGAACCGUCAAAUAAUUAUUAUAAAACUUGUCUGCCAGAAACGAGACUCACGUUACAUCCUAUUCUUAUAGCGCCGCUCUGCUAUAAUCGCCUAUUGGUACUUCCGUCACCGCUCAGUCUGAUAUCUUCCGAAAACCAAUAUUUGAAUCGCCCCGAAACAACAGAAUUUGUUGCUUUACCUAACAGCCCACUAGGUAAUAUAUUCCGGACAAUAUUAUUUCCACAAUUUAACAUACUACCACGUUUAGGUGGGUUACUAGGUUCAACUCGACCAAAACAGCCUCGAAACUCAAAGACCUCAGCGGGGAUGUCAGAACGCGGGGAACAGAAAACGCCACCAGUCAUACCCCAGAUAUCACCUCGUCAAAAAAGCGAAGAUAUCAGCGAAAUAUCGCAGUUGGAUGAUAUGCAAACAACAGCUUUCCUUGGGCCCACCACCACUACCCGUCCUGCAGAAGAAGUUGUUUCGACAACGCUUAAAUCAAUUGAGGCCGUUGAAGAAUCUGUCAAGGAAAGCACCACUUCUGAGGAAAGUCAGAUUGGAAAUCUUAUAACAAGGAUGCCAAUAGUAACAAUGAAAACAAAUGACACAAAAACUGACUUACAAACAAAAGACACUGGGGAGGAAUCGAUGAAAAAAGUUCAAACUUUGCUUGCAAAAGCACGUCACUCUCAAUUGAGGAAUAAAUCUAAUUAAAAUUCAAACUUUAAUAAUCUCCGUGAAAUAAAUAAUAUCAAUCAAAAGCCGAACAAACCUUAGAAAAAACUGUUUCUGUAAAAACAUGUAUGUAUGUACAUGCAUACCUAUGUACUUAUGUAAUUAAAAAAGUAUGUUUAAUACAGUGAUGUUAAAAAAGUAGGAUUAUAGAUUUAUUCAGACCGCAUUUGGCCAAUAGACAAUGCCGUUUACCAAAAAAUGGGUUUGAAUUCCACUGCCAAGGCAAAUCUAUACAAGGUGAUAUCGAUUCUACAUAUAUAGUAAUUUGGGAGAGUAUUGUUUAAUUUUAGCAGAAGGAAGAAGAGGGAAAGAGAAUAAUAAUAUUUUCACUUUGACACAGGCACCAAUCAGCGAAGGAAACAGCAUGUCCUUGAUGUAAUUUGCCUUGCCCUUUGCUAAUAUUGGGUAUGGCAAUGAGUUUCCGCCCUCGAGAGGGAUAUCGAGAGACGUUUGGUGACGUGUGAGAAUCUUCUUGAACGGCAGAAAAGAAAGGGUUUUCUGCAUCGCAUCGUCACUGGCGCUGAAAAAUGGAUCUAUUAUGAAAAAUGUUGGAGCCUGACGGGUGAAUAAGGUCCAUCGACAGCGAAAAAAAUAUUCAUACUUCAAAGGUUAUGUUGUGCAUCUGGUGGGAUCAGAAGGGUGUCAUCUAUUAUGAACUCCUUAAACCAUCUGAAACCAUCACUGACGAUCGUUACCGACUGCGGCCUAUGCGUUUGAAUCGAGCUCUCAAAGAAAAGCAGCCGGAAUAGGAAGGUAGAUAGGACUGACAUGAAACUGAUUUUGCUGCAUGACAACGCCAGGUAACACGUUGCUAAAUCGCUCCAGAAAUAUUUAGAAGGACUGAAUUGGGAAAUAUUGCUCCAGAGCAGUUCACUUCUUACGAGAGUAUCGCAAACUGGCUCAAUGAAUGAAUCAAUUCAAAAGAACUCGAGAGGGAUCCGUAUGCUGCUUGAAAGAUGGAGUAAAGUUGUAGCUUCCAAUGGCACAUGCUUCAAUACACAACUUUGUGGCGUGCGUCUUGAUUUUGUUCCACAAAUGAACUAUACAUUAAUUGAAAAAGGUCAAAGACUAACUUCAAAUCCCUGAUCCAGUUAUGUAAGGCUGCAGGCGAAGCCGAAGUCGAAAAACAGUGCAGUAGUAAACAUAUGAAAGUGAUCACAGUGCAAGCGAAAACGAAUAUGUGGGGCACUGUUUUCAAAGACAAAACGCUUGUGUAGUGUAUUGUUUACAUUUUAUAUAAUUUUCUACAGCUGUGAAAGAAACGCAAGUUACUUUUGCUGUUAGUGAACGAAGAAUUGAUAGUAGCUAUUGUAUUUUUGGCGAACCCUCACUGAGACAUAAGGCCCAUGUAUUA